UGCGCAAUUUCCUUGCCGCGCCGCCGGGUUGCCUUGGACUUCAAAGAGCUGCGUUCGCAUUAUUCUACUCUUUUGAAAGCUGCCGUCUGCCUGCAUUCCGUAGAGCUUUGGGAGCUGAAAAUCGAAUUCGAAUACCCUCCCCAAUCCAUCUCCGCGUCUAAGUGUUGCUGGGAGAGGUAAUUUCCCUAGGUAUUUGCAUUGGCUCUGCUCUACACCAAAUCCAACUCCCUAUAUUUGUCUUAGUAAUUGAUUCACAAAACAACACUUGUUUUCCUCUACUGUUUUGCUAUGGAAACCUUGAUGCAUUUACAUGCCACAACUCCCUACAAUUAUUUCCCAAAAGCAUGUAAGGUGAGUUUGCACUUCCGCCCAUUAUGCUCACAGACUAUUUAUGGAGUUUGCACGUCCAUAAAGGGUUGUUCCAGAUCACGAGUAUUGAGGGUAAGUUGUAAGUCACAGACUAUAGAUUUAGUUCAACUGAGUGGAACUAAAAACUUGGGUCUUGAUGGAGUAGCCAGUGAAUUCACAUGUGUGAUGAAAUUUGGUGGUUCAUCAGUAGCCUCUGCCCAGAGAAUGAGAGAAAUAGCUGACCUCAUCCUUAGCUUUCCAGAGGAGAAGCCUGUUAUUGUUCUCUCAGCAAUGGGAAAGACUACAAAUAACCUCUUACUGGCUGGAGAAAAGGCCAUCAAUUGUGGGGUUUCCAAUGUCUUAGAUAUUAAAGAGUUAGUUUUUGUUAAGGAGCUGCAUUUGAGGACAGUGAAAGAACUUGGAGUAGAGAGCUCCGUAAUUGCUAGACAUCUAGAUGAGCUGGAGCAACUUCUGAAGGGAAUUGCUAUGAUGAAGGAGAUGACUCUCCGCACAAAGGAUUAUUUGGUUUCAUUUGGAGAAUGCAUGUCCACAAGGAUAUUUGCAGCUUAUCUGAAUAAAAUUGAUGUUAAAGCUCGCCAGUACGACGCAUUUGACAUUGGUAUUAUAACAACGGAUGAUUUUACAAAUGCCGAUAUUUUGGAAGCGACAUAUUCGGCUGUUGCAAAGAAAUUAAAUGGUGAUUGGACAAGUGAUCCUUCAAUUCCUAUUGUUACUGGGUUCCUGGGGAAGGGGUGGAGAACCUGCGCCGUCACUACGUUAGGUAGGGGGGGUAGUGAUUUGACUGCCACCACCAUUGGUAAAGCAUUGGGAUUACGGGAGAUUCAGGUGUGGAAGGACGUUGAUGGUGUUUUGACUUGUGAUCCUAAUAUAUGUCCGCGUGCAAAGCCAGUGUCAUAUUUAACCUUUGAUGAGGCAGCUGAACUUGCUUAUUUUGGUGCACAGGUGCUCCAUCCACAGUCAAUGAGGCCUGCAAGAGAGGGUGACAUUCCUGUUAGGGUUAAAAACUCAUAUAAUCCAAAAGCUCCUGGUACCCUAAUUACAAAAACAAGAGAUAUGAGUGAGGCAGUACUAACCAGCAUUGUUUUGAAACGAAAUGUCACGAUGUUGGAUAUUGUCAGCACCCGUAUGCUUGGUCAAUAUGGUUUCCUAGCAAAGGUUUUCUCUAUUUUUGAAGAUUUAGGCAUAUCAGUUGAUGUUGUUGCGACAAGUGAAGUUAGUAUUUCUCUGACACUGGACCCAUCAAAACUCUGGAGCGGAGAACUGAUUCAGCAGACAAGCGAGCUCGAUCACGUUGUAGAAGAACUUGAGAAAAUUGCAGUUGUGAAUCUUCUUCAGCACAGAUCAAUUAUCUCUCUAAUAGGGAAUGUCCAGAGGUCCUCUCUAAUUCUAGAAAAGGCUUUUCAUGUUCUUCUUAUCAAUGGGGUUAAUGUUCAGAUGAUCUCCCAAGGAGCAUCCAAGGUCAAUAUUUCAUUGAUAGUGAACGACAGUGAAGCAGAGCAGUGUGUUGAAGCUCUUCACUCUGCCUUCUUUGAGAGUGAUCUCUCUGAACUAGUUUCGGAGAAGAAAUCUCAAAAUGGUUCCUCUUCUGAUUUUCCAAAUUAACUUGGAAUAUUGUUGCCCUUUGUAUUGAAAAAUCGCAAUUAGUUUCCAUUUGUUUCCACAUUUUCCGAUUCAAAUUUAGGUGUCAAUGUGACAAUCAUCGUUGGGUAUACUGAAAUUCCAAAAUCACCUUAAUUGUGUUUUGACUUUCAUGUGGAAGAAUCAAGAUUUCUAAUAUUCUAA